CAUUCAAAGUACACGAUCCAAAGAGAUUCGAAGAAUCGGUCAUGAAGGAGUACUUCAAUAAUACUCAGUACAAGAGCUUUCAGCGACAAUGUAAGUAAACUUGGUCAAGACCAUGUAUGAUCUCUAAUCUUUUUUCGAAACGAUGCGUUGAUACUAGAUGCAUUCCUUUUCUCAUGUACACGCUGUUUGUUUGGACCUAUUCUACAUUKCGAUGCAGUAAAUAUUUAUGGAUUCACACGCGUAUCGGUCGGUGAUGGCGGAAUUGUUGGUUCCUAUACCCACAAAUUUCUAGUUCGAGGCACACCCAAUAUGUGCCGCUUCAUGGUACGCACUAAAGUAAAAAAGAAGGGCUCAAGGAGCAAUUUGAUUCACAAGGCUUCAAAAGAAUUGAAGUCAAAAACAAGACAAGGUCUAGAGGUGAAUUCUUCACCGUCAUCGGUAUCUGCAUCAUACGAUAUUUUCAAGUCGAAGAGUCUUCCUGAAGUUCAAUCAUUCAAGCAACGUAGGUUUGCCCCAUCUAGAAAUGAUAACAACCUUGCCUUUCCAAAAAGCAAAAGUUUCUCUAGUCACGGCCAAAACAAUCGCCCUCUCGAAAGGCUCCUGAUGAACUCCCCCAAGAAAAGCCCGACGCGUCAUAAUGGUAGUAUUAUGCAUGAUAUGAAUUUUCCACCUACAGUGAUGUCAAUGGUCCCAGUACGUGACAUCGAGUUUCAAAACGAAAUAUUUCACCAGGCGCGUCCAGUUGUCGACACUCCUUUCUCGGAUAUGCAUUUUACGCCUCAGAGCAAUAUCAUCUAUGACUCGAGCCAGGAGAGUUGCAAUAUUGACGGAGGAACUAACAGCACCUCGCACAUCAAACUUGGCAUGGUGCCGUUGCAAUACGAACAGAACGAGAUCCACGGCAACAGCCAACUCAUAUCGCUCAACCAACAACAACAGCAGGAGAAACUGAAUAAGUUCCAACACCAGCAGCAAAACCAACUAUGUCAGGAAUAUCAAAGACUAAAUUUUCUACAACAACAGCAGCAGCAGCUGCAAGAAGAGGAAUAUCGACUUCUGCAACUGCAAAUGCAAGUUCAAAAUUUUCGUUCUUCACAAUUCGAUCACAGCAGCGACAACCGUUGCGUUGUGUCAAACGUAAACGCAGAUGACAUAAGCAAUUCAAGCAACGCCGUGAGCAAUAGAAGUGGGAACAGAAAUUUUUGGGAUUCGAUGGAUAACGUCGACCUGGAYCCCACACCAAUUCUACCGGAGGCGCUGUCGAGAUCGUCGUCGUCAUCGAUAUGUACGAACUCAACGGUCGUCACGAACCGUGACAGUGAUAAUUACAAUAAUUUCCACCAGAUACCAACUUUUUGAUCGUUGUCGGAAAUGUGACGAACAACUGAAAUCUACAUCUUCGUUAGAUUCCUCAAGGCUUGAUUCAACAUCCAACAACGUUCAAUUGCUAGGAAAGUUAUCAUUAAUCA